CCCGACCGAGGGCCGUCAUUAAGAUACUUUCCAUUUGCCUUUCGGUUUCCCACUGCUUUCGGCGCUCGGAAAGCUCUCGCGAGCAUUACAACUGCAGUUAGUGAAAGUGUGCAGUUAAUACAGUCCUUCAAUUACUGACUCCAGUACACAUUUUAGCCAAUAGUCGCUUUUAUAUUAAUUGCGUGUGUCAGUGAACAUGUUUCCGAACCCUUUCUUCGCUGCUAUGGGCGGCCCCUUCGGCCCAGGCCUUAAUAACAUGGGCGGAAUGGCUGGAGCGGGGAUGCCUGGGUUCAUGGGAAACCAGGGUAUGCAGGGACCUGGUGCCCCGCAGGGACCUGGAGGCCCGAUGGUUCCCAUGUCAGGGGGCCAUGAAGGACCCGGCGUGGGUGGUGGUGGCGGCGGCGCGGCCGGCGGUAGCGGAGGCCCAGGAGGCAGCCGGCAGGGCAGCGACAACCUUAAGAAUCGAGUAUGCUUAAAGUUCAUGCAAACAGGCAGCUGCAACUACGGUGACAACUGCAAGUACGCGCACCUGACACGGGCGCAAGCCGAGGCAGGCGGAGGAGGACCCAUGGGCCAGCAGAACGACCGAGGAAACCGGCGAGCCGGUCGAGGCGGCGGGGGUGAUGAUGAGUCGGGCGGCCGAGGGAAGAACGCCGGUGCUCGUAAGACGCGGCUGUGUGAAAAGUUCAUGAACUUGGGGUACUGCCCGUACGGCGACAAGUGUACCUUUGCACAUGGGAUGGAGGAGCUACGGUCGGCUCAAGGGUCUCGGGAUGUGCACAUGUCCGAGGGGCAGCAACACCAGCAACAGCAGCACUCCUUGUCGGCGCCGGCAACGCAGCAAGAGUCCUACUCGAGUGCGGCGACUGCAGCAGCUAACACGGCGACAGGGCAGGCGGCUGGUGCAGCACCGGGCCGAGGUCAGGCAGCGGUGGGGCAGCCAGCUGGCAAGCCGCCCGCGGCGGCAGCAACCGCGGCGGGGCAACAGGGCGACGGCGCAGCGACGUCGGCUGCGUCAGGUCAAGCUGCUACGGCAAGCUUAGCAAAGGAGGUCACCUUCGUGGACAAGGUUCGGGCGCUGUGCGGGGUGCUAGCCAUCGGCAAUGCGGCGGCGCUGGCGCAGGAGAAGCCCCUGGCGCUGCAGACCGCUGCCAUGUCGCUCCGGAACAGCAACGCCCUGAAAGAAAACCCUUUUGCGGACAGCGUUGAGCGCUACCUCCAACAGCAGACGUAGCGGAGGCACCGCUGUAUCCAACAGCAAACGUAAUGGAGGAGCCGGCAGCAAGGAAAGCACGCAGCUCAGCGGCAGCAGCAGGGGCGACGAGGAGGCUGGAAGCGGCGGCAAUUAAUUAACGGGGUGGAUGAUGGUGUAAUACGUUUUUUGCGGUGCAUGCAGCGGUUUGCACCCGGGCAUGCUAGCAUCUGCUGCUGCGUGGUUGCGAGUGCGGAGACGUGGCGGCACGUUUUGUGUACGAGGGGGAUUGCAAAGAGUACCCAGAGGAGCCUUCUCUGACAUAGUCGUGAAGGAUGAGGGAAGACGGAAAAUGAUGAGUGGAGAAUCACCUGUGUAACCUGUAGUGCC